GAGCGGGAAAAAACGUUAAGCGAAUUUCAAAAGCAAAGCUCCGCGAAGCAUAAGUUGCAGGCGCAGGUGAGUUAUUGCGUUGGCGGCCGGCGGCCCCGUCCAGGAACCGUUUUGAAACAGAGAACCCACGCUUAAGGAUCAUAUUAUAUGGAGAAGAAGACCAAGGACACUCUGAGGAGAUACAAAAAGUCCUCUCGUCACAAUGCCACGCACACAAGCAGCGAGAGCAGCAGCACGGAAUCGGAGAGCGGCAGCAGUUCGUUCAGCAGCACCGACAGCGAGACGGGGCAUGCCGCCAGCAGUCAUGGGGCUGUCCAUCAUGGUCAUCCACAUGGGCAUCAUCCACGCUCCGCGGAGCGUCAUCAUCGCAAGAAGAAAAGCAGCAGGCGGGCGGCCAGUUCCUCGGGAGAUGAGCAGCACCAGCGUCGGAAGCGGGACAAGCGCGAUCAUGUCCAGAAAAAGCUGGUGGCCAAGCGGAAUCACAUCAAGCGAAAGUUGAAGGAGGCGCGACUCAAGAAGCGUGCCGCCGCCGCCCUGAGCGGCCAUGUCCAUCGGUCGCUGUCGCCGGCCACGCGCUCGAAGCUCAAGAAACUGGCGGAAAGGAAGCGUUUGCGUGCCGCCAGCAAGGAGCAGCGGGAGCGUGAGAAACUGCGGGCUGUGCAGCGGGAUCGGGAACGGGAUCAUCAUCGGCUGGGCAGCAGUCGAUCGCCUCCGAGUUCUUCCACGACGACCACAACCAAGAUCCGCAUCCAUCAGGAUGUGGUGGGCAAGCGCCAGAAGAGUCCUGGCCUGGGGCCCAAUGGUCCGGGCGGCAGUGGCGGCAGCGGCGGUCAUCCCGGUCCCGGGUCGUCGCGUAUGCACCACCAGCUGAUGUCGCGCGAGAAGAUCAUCAUUCAGACGCGGGCCCGCGGACGCACUGCCUCCCUGGAGCGUGAGCGAGAGCGCGAGCGUGAAAGAGAGCGCGAGAGAGAGCGUCAUGAUCUGUCGCUGCGCGAAAGGGAUCGUCGGGAUCGGGACAGGGAGCGAGAGCGAGCCGAGCGAGAGGCGGCCCGGGAUAAGGAGCGCGCCGAGGCUCUGGCCCGUUGCCAGGAGCGCCAGCGGGAAAGAGAGCGUCUCGCACGGGAGAAACUGCGCCGCCAGGAGGAGGAUGACGGCAAGCGGGGAGGCGGCGGCAGUGGUGGUGGUGGAAUCAGUGGACGCGACCUAGACCUGCAGGCCUAUGCCAGCCGGGAGCGUUCCCUCGAUGCUGUGGAGCGAGAGCGAGGCGGCGGUCGCCAUAUUCGGGACAAGCGGGAGCUGGAUCCGUACGAUCGCGAACAGGAGUACAUGGAGGAGCGGCAUGGCCAUGGCCUGAUCGAUGAGAUGCGUCGCUAUCGUCGCCGCGAACUGAGUCCCCUGGCCGAGCACUAUGUGCCCCGCCUGCGGGAUCCACGCGAUCUCUACUCCGAGGAGGAGCGCGAAAGGGCCUACAAACGGGCAUUCAUGGAUGCGCGGUUCUCAUCGCGCGAGCGCGAGGCCUGGAUCGAAGCCCGAGAGCUGAGGGAGCGCGAACUCCAGGGCCGCGACUAUCGGGAGCUGGUGGAGCCCGAGGAGGUCCUCUAUCCGGACGAGCGGGAGCGUGUAAUCCGCGAUCGAGAGCGGGAACGUGAGCGGGAACGCAAUCUCGAGAGGGAGCGCAAUCUGGGGCCACCACGCGGCGAGUACCGGCCAGAGUGGGAGCGCGAAUGGGAUGACGAUGGCAACAGUGCCGGCGGCGGCGGUAGUGGUACUCCCGGCCGUCCCAGCGGCUUCGUCGGCGGCCCCAAGCGCGGCAAGCCGCUGCCACAUCCAGGCGCUGUUCCCCAGCAGGCGCCCCAGCAGCAUCAUUCCGCCUCCGAGCCCGACUGGGAUGCGGAUGAAAGGGAGCGCGAGCGGGAACGAGAUCGAGAGAGAGAGCGCGAGCGCGAGCGGGAACGUGAACGCGAACGCGAACGAGAUCCCCGUGAUGACAGGCCGGACAAUGGCAGCGGUGGGGCAGGUGGUGGCGGUGUGGUCAUCAUCAAAAACGAGCCCGCCUGGCUGGAGCACGAUCAGCGGGAGAAGCCACGCUCCUGGCAGCAGCAGCAGUCCAACUCUGGCGGGGAUUGGCGCGACAACGAUGAGCCCUUUGGACGUAACAGUGGUGGUGGUGGUGGCGGCGGUUCCAACGAUGCUCCACCGCCAGCCAACCAUCCGCAUCCCCCCUCACCCCACCAUCAUGUGCAUCCACGUGGCGAACGCGGCUCCGGACGGGGCUUUCGACGCGGCGGCCACGGCCAUGGGGACCAUGGAGAGUCUCGUGGUGGUCCCGGCUACAGGUCGCAUCCACCACCGCUGAUGACGCUGCCCGUGCAGCCACCGGGCGGCUAUCAUGGAGGUGGCGGUAGUGGUGGCGGCUCGCGGGGCUUUCCGCACAAACGGAUGCAGUAUGGCGGCGGCGGACCCGGCUGUGAGCGCGGCGCCCCACCCGGCUCAUCGUCGUUCCUCAAGAAGCACAUCCAUGUGCCGCUCGUGUCGCCCACACACCCCACGCCGCUGCUCCAAUGCCAGCUGUCGGCACCGGGGGGCAAGCCGCCGGUGGGCAAUGCCGCUGCCGCACAGGCCAGCGCUGUGGCGGCCGCCACAACAGCGGUCGCAGCGGCCAAGGCAGCCGCCCAGAGUGCCGCCAAUGCCACCACCAAUCCGGGCAUUCUGGCCCAGGUGAGCGGCAAACUGGGCAGCGGCACAACGACCCACAUCAAGCAGGAGGAUGCCUCGGAGGACUCGGUGAUGAGCACACCCAGUGUGGGCACACAGGACUCAGAGUCUCCCAGUGGUUCAGCGAUUGGCAACGAGAUGGUGGGGUGCAGCAUCAUCAAGCAGGAGCCGCGGCCGAUCACACGAGAGCCAGAGGCGGAGGAGCUGAGCGAGAUCAGUGACAGCGACGAUGACAUUCUCAACACAACGGAGAUCAGCCUGGGGAGCUGUGCGGCACCUCUUGUGCGACCCAAGGACGAGCCGCAGCUGGACGCUGAUCCAUUGGCUGGCACACAGGAGCUCUCCACGGACACACUCUCGCCAAGCACAGCGGAGGAGAUCAAGAGCGAGAGUCCAUCCGCGGCGACGACAGCGGUUACGGGAAUGGCAACAAUGAAUGGGGGCACUAUCAGUGGCAAUAUCAAGGUGGAGGAGGUCGAUGAGGUGCUGGACUUUGAGGAGAUAUCCGACGGUGAACUGGAGGAGGAUGCCCGUCACAAAGGCAUUGGCGACGCCUUAGGCGUGGACUGGCAGGGCCUGAUAGCCGAGACCAGGCAGCAGGCAGAGGAGCAAUCGGCCCAGCAGCAGGGCGUGGACAGAGGGACCUCGGCCAAGCAGCGGUGGCAGCCGCAUCGUUUGAUUCUUGACAUGGGCAUAUCGUUUGGAAUGGCCGGUGAGCAGUAUGCCCGUCGCGUCAUGGAGGACGCCCGACAGCAGCUCAUCCAGGAGAAGGAACAGCUCAGGCUGGCCGAGGAACAGGCCCUGCUGCAGCAGCAGCUGGCUGAGGAGCAGGCAGCCGAUCCGGAGGAUCUGCCCAUUAUCAAAAAGGAGGAGCCUGCCCUCAAGCGCGCCUCGCCGCUGCACGACUACCGCGACAUUCUGGCCACCGAUCAACUGGCGCCCAUGGCCUGCGUUCAGCAGGGUCUACGCGGCCUUGCCGCCGAGCGCCAGCGUCUGAUGGGCAAUGUCUGCGGCCCGGGGAGUCGGGCGCUCUGCGCUCGCCAGGACCUACGCCUGCGACGGCAGCUGUGCGGCCUGCCCGCCCGCGAGUGCGAGUUUCCGCGCAAUAUGCCCGUGGUGGGCGAGGAGCUGCGGCAUUUGGCCAUGCAAAUGUUCCAGCGCAGCCUCGACGUCAAAUGAGAUCCGAUGCCCAGGGAGUGUCGCCGCGCCAGGCCACAGGCCACACCCACCUACCGACUGGAUGUGAAAAUCUAUGCGGGGGACCAGCGCGAGCAGCAGCAGCAGCUGCACCGGAAACGCAAGUGGAAAUGGACGAGGCAGGACGAGGACUAAACGGGGCAAAGCUUACAAAACAAUUCGAUAUCGCGAACCCUAUUCUAUUAUUCUAUUUUAGUUGUAAUUACAAUUACAUUGCUCUGGAUCUACUCAUAUUUCUAUUUAUAUUUCUAUUAUAUUGUGGCUCCAAUAAUCUAAGUGUGAUUAUACAAUGAAUGAAAUUAUGUCUAGAUAUACGAGUAAAUGGUAAUAAAAACCGUCUACGGUCGGUAGACCUCUACCAUCGACUAUGAAACAGCCUUAAAA